AUGAAAGACAGCGAAUUUGUUGGAGGCAAAUUAAAACUGAAGGUUUCAAAAAUAAAAAAAGGAAAUCACUCAAAACAUGUAAACCAUGCAAAUGAACAAAGUAGGAAAGAAAAAAAAAAAAAAAAAAAAAUAUAUAUCAGGGAAGAAAAAACUGACAGAAGUAGUGAUGUUGUAGAAAAUGGAACAGGUCAUUACAACGAACCAUUUUUCGGUGAGACGAAGUCUCAUGACAUGUGCAAAGGUGGAAAUAUUAGUCUACUUGAAAAUGAAGAAGGGAUUGUGAUGGAUGAUAACAAGGAAAUGUCAGCUGAUGAAACAAAAUUGAAGGAAGUUUUACAACUCAAUUUAACCGAAUCAGAAAAAGCAUAUCAGUUAGUUUUAAAAAAAAGAGAAAAACAACGAAUUGAAAAUAUUUUAAAAGAAAGUUAUCGUGAACGGUUGCAGAAAUUCAAUGAUAACUUAGCGUCCCUUAGUGAACAUUUCGAUAUACCCAAGGUUGGACCUGGAUAA